AUGGACGCGGACAGGGGCUACGGGGACCUGGAAGAGUGGCGCAGGCUCCAGAAACAAAUGGCAUUCGAUCGGGACCCCCGGAACUUCCAGUUCCGGGCGCCCGCCCGAGCAAGAUCACCGACGCCGGCAGGCAACCGACGUCGCCGCCGUGGGCACCGCGGGGGCCGUCGAGCGCGAGAGCGACGCCAACGGGUACAACAGGCGCGGCUGGAGGAGCAGCAGCGAGAGCGACGCCAACGGGCGCAACAGGCGCGGCUGGAGGAGCAGCAGCGAGAGGAGAGGCUACGGCUGGAGGAGCAGCAGCGGGAUGAGAGGCUGCGGCGUCGGGAGCAGCGACAAGGCGAGCGGCGCGAAGAUCAGCAGCGGCAUUUAAGAUCGGCCCUGCAAUCUUCGGCCCGACGAAACAUGGACGCGGACAGGGGCUACGGGGACCUGGAAGAGUGGCGCAGGCUCCAGAAACAAAUGGCAUUCGAUCGGGACCCCCGGAACUUCCAGUUCCGGGCGCCCGCCCGAGCAAGAUCACCGACGCCGGCAGGCAACCGACGUCGCCGCCGUGGGCACCGCGGGGGCCGUCGAGCGCGAGAGCGACGCCAACGGGUACAACAGGCGCGGCUGGAGGAGCAGCAGCGAGAGCGACGCCAACGGGCGCAACAGGCGCGGCUGGAGGAGCAGCAGCGAGAGGAGAGGCUACGGCUGGAGGAGCAGCAGCGGGAUGAGAGGCUGCGGCGUCGGGAGCAGCGACAAGGCGAGCGGCGCGAAGAUCAGCAGCGGGCAUAG